CAUGCUUGUGGCUGGCAAGAUGUUCGAGUCGAAGAAGGUGCCGAGCCUCGAGACUCUCAACCAGCUCGCAGGCUACCAGUACACGCCGGACGCCAUCCUAGCCAUGGAGGGCAACAUCCUGCACACGCUCAGCUGGAAGCUGCGCGUUGUCACGCCGCUCUUCUUCUGGGGCUACUUUGCCUCCAUUGGCGUCUGCCCCGACGAGGACUCGAUUCAUGGCCUGCAGCUGACACCGGCGUCGGCCGCGCAGUACUCGCGUGCGCUGCGCAAGGUCUCCCACACUAUUCUCGCCGAAAUCUGUCUGCUCAGCAUGGCUUUCCUCGACUGCAUGCCAUCGAUGACUGCGUCGGCCGCGCUCCUGGUUGCCCGCAACAAGCUCGGCAUCACCCCCGACUGGGCCCCGCGGUUCCAGGUCCGCAUCGGCUACUCGCGCAGCGACGUCGCCGUCUCGGCCGCCAAGCUCUCCCUGCUGUUUGACGAAAAGUUUCCAUCCGGCUCGCCGUCGCUCACCACCCCACCGUCUGUCGAGAGCGUCUCGUGGUCGACGUCGGCAACGCAAUAACUGCAUCUCCUGCGCUAACUGUACUCUUUGUUGUCCUUGACCCUCUUCCGCUACCUUGCCAACCGCCCCGCCGACUGUGAUAGCGGCACCUAAAUCAAAAGACACACUCUUCCGGG